GCCCUCGAAAAAUUUCGAGGGAAAACCCCUAAUAGAAAACGAGUGAAGGAAAGUAGAAGAGAAAAAAAAAAAGAGUUAGAAAAAGAAGUCUUCUUUGUUCUUUCAUUUCCCUCAACUCUGAAGAAGGUGAUUCGAUUUUUAGGGUUUUGGAAUACAAAGGCACCUUGUUAAGUCUAACUCAUCUCUUCGAAAUCUUCUUGGAGUUUGACCUUUGGCAAAUUCACUCGUCUUCUAUUCUAGAUUUUUCCAGGUGUAACUAGAUGGAGAACAAUCGCAAUGGUGAAAUUCCCGAGGACGCAAACGAGCACUGCCCGGGACCUCAAUCUGAAGCAGCAGGAAAGUCAGAUGAAUGCCAAGGCUGUCCAAAUCAAGAAGUUUGUGCCACUGCACCUAAAGGCCCUGAUCUAGACUUGCUUCCAAUCGCAGAGCGAAUGGCGACCGUGAAACACAAAAUACUGGUACUGUCGGGGAAAGGAGGGGUUGGCAAGAGCACUUUCUCCGCUCAACUCUCAUUUGCAUUAGCAGCCAUGGAUCAUCAAGUAGGUUUGCUCGACAUUGACAUUUGUGGACCGAGCAUCCCGAAAAUGCUCGGCCUAGAAGGCCAAGACAUCCAUCAAAGCAAUCUUGGAUGGUCUCCUGUUUAUGUUGAAUCAAACCUUGGUGUUAUGUCCAUAGGUUUCAUGCUUCCGAACCCAGAUGAAGCAGUCAUCUGGAGAGGCCCACGCAAGAAUGGUCUCAUAAAGCAGUUUCUCAAGGAUACUUAUUGGGGAGAGCUCGAUUACCUUGUGGUCGAUGCUCCACCAGGAACUUCAGAUGAACACAUAUCCAUCGUUCAAUGCCUCCAGGAGAGUGGCAUUGAUGGUGCAAUUAUAGUCACGACUCCGCAACAAGUCUCUUUAAUCGAUGUACGCAAAGAAGUUAGUUUCUGCAAGAAAGUCGGGAUAAAUGUCCUCGGGGUUGUUGAGAACAUGAGUGGCCUCUGCCAACCAAUGAGUGAUAUCAAAUUCUUGAAACCGUCAGAGACAGGUGAACAUAUAGAUGUCACCGAAUGGGCUUUGCAAUCUAUGAGAGAGAAAGCACCAGAGUUACUGGAUCUGAUGGGAUAUAGUGAAGUCUUCGACAGUAGCGGUGGUGGUGCCAUGAAGAUGUGUCAAGAAAUGGGAGUCCCCUUUCUUGGAAAAGUGCCAUUGGAUCCCCAACUUUGCAAGGCAGCUGAAGAAGGUAGAUCCUGUUUUGAAGAUCAGAGAUGCACUGUUAGUGCUUCUGCGUUAAAGAGGAUCAUCGAAAAACUCGCCCAGAGAAAAACAGUAGAGAAUGGUGUUUGAUGCUUUUACUGUUUUUUUUUUUGUUUGCCUCUUACAGUCGAUGAUCUUCGAAAUCUUAUACCCUCUUGUAUAGUUGGUAUGAUGUUCUUUGUUUUGUUUACUAUAAAUUUCGAAGUUCUAUUUUUGGUUUGAUAUGAUAUGAAGAUGCGUGUAAGAUCGGAUGUGUGCAAAAAGCCUAGAUUAUCUAAAGCAACACUGAAAGUGAUGAAAUUGAAUUGGGAUAUCGAGCUUUUUCUUAUGUUUA